AUGAAUCUAUACGAUUUACCUCAAUAUCUUCAUAUUUUUAAUAACUGUGCUUCAUCUCUUGCGGUGUUUUUCAAUAGUGUUUUGAUCUAUUUGAUCUUGACAAAGUCUCCGAAACAGUUGGGAGUCUAUAAAUAUUUGAUGGUUUUCAUUUCAGUAUUUGAAAUAUUUUAUUCAAUAUUAGAAGUUUCUCUAGUUCCGAUCCAUUAUUCAUAUCGUUCCAGUGUUGCUGUCCUUAUUUCCACUUCAGAUAAACUUUUCAGUCGAAAGUUUCUUCUUAUUCUCAAUUCAUUCUAUUGGGGUUUCUUUGGUUCAUCCCUCGCCAUUUUCGGUGUUCAUUUCAUUUAUAGAUAUCUGGUUAUCAGCGGAAAUCCAUUACUAAGAACAUUCCAAUCUUGGAAAUUCAUACUUUGGCUUCUGAUUCCAGUUGUAAUUGGUUUCAUUUGGGCACUCACUGGAAUUUAUUUAUGUGGACCAACAGAAGAAUUCACCGAAUAUAUGAGGAACCAUGUAAAAGAAGUAUUCAACAAUCCUAUCGAAGAAUACGAAUAUCUCGGAGCAUUCAUGUAUGAAAGAAGUAAAAAAGACGACAGUUUACUCAUUUACUGGGGACCAAUAGCUGGAAUGAUCAUUAUGUCAAUUACUGUGAUGGUAUCAUUUAUAGUGAUUAUAGUAUCUGGAAUCAAAUGUUACCUUCGUAUCAAACGACUCAUGAGAAAUGCUUCAACGACGUCAUCUCGAUCACAGGCUCUUCAAGCUCAAUUAUUCAACGCAUUGGUUGUCCAGACUAUGAUACCAAUGCUCCUAUUACAUACUCCUGUAUCCUUGAAAUUCGGAUUCGCCAUAUUCGAUGCAGGCCUUGGAUCGUAUUGCUUCAUAAUGUCUAUGACAAUUGCAUUGUAUCCAGCAAUUGAUCCUCUUCCGAACUUCUUCAUUAUCAGUCCUUAUCGGAAAGCAGCCUACGGUUGCUUCAAAAAGCGUUUACUUAAAACUAUAUUAGUGGGAAAACGCAAAGCAAACGAGAUGGAGCAAAUCGAAUCGACUCCGGCUACUGUAGCAUAA